AUGGCUGAUCCAAGCCAUGGUGGAAAUCCGGCCACCGAUUUCACAACUAGUAGGGAGGAAAAUCCAGCUCCCUUUGAUGAGAGUGAUUUCUCUGCUGCAGCCCUAAAGUACAUAGAUGAAAUGCUGAUGGAAGAAGACAUCGAUGAAGAGUACAACAUGUUCCAACAUUCCUCGGCUCUCCUAGCAGCUGAGAAAUCACUUUAUGAUGCCAUUGGCCAGAGGUAUCCUUCUUCUGCCUCUACUUUGUCGUCUUCAACUUCUUCUUCUAUCCAGCAUCAUAAUUACUACCCCAAUGUGGAGAGCCCUGGGGAUAGUUAUAGCAGUACUAGUUCUGGCAGCACUUGUGGCACCACCAAUACUAGCAGCUCUGCUGACUACUUCUGGAGCGGUUUUGAUCUUUCUAUGAUUCCAUUGAUGCCAAACACUUUACCUUUUCCUGAUACCUUUAAUUUUCAGUCCAAUCCAUCCUCCACCACCCCCCAAUCUAACCACAGAAGCGACUUCACUGCCACAAACAAUAGUAGUGGAUUAGGACAGGUGGUGAUUAAGACUGAAGAAGUCGAUUAUGAUUUCGAGGAAGAGGAAGAGGAAGAGGAAGAGGUCCAAUUUCUUGCUGAGUCCAUAGGAAGCAGUAGCAAGCAAUCAGCAUUGUACAUGGAUGACACUGAGCUAUCCGAAUUUUUUGAUAAGGUACUUAUUGGAGCUGGAUUGGGAAGAGGGUCAUCCCAAGCUGAUGAAGGCAUUCCCAAAGAUUCUCGCGGUAAGAAGAGCCGUGCAAGGAAAAGAAAUGACAAAAAUGACGACGAAGUUAUUGAUCUGAGGUCAUUGUUGAUGCAAUGUGCACAAGCAGUUUCUUCUGAUAACCGUCCAAUGGCAAAAGAGUUAUUGAUGCAGAUUAAGCUGCAUUCUUCUCCAACAGGUGAUGCAACUCAGAGAUUGUCCCAUUGCUUUGUAAAUGCUCUCGAAGCACGCAUGGCAGGGACAGGUACACACAUUCAUAGUGCCUUAUCCACAAAAAGGCCCUCUGCUUCUGAUAUGGUCAAGGCCUACAAAAUGUUUACAUUAGCUUGUCCAUUUGACAAGUUUGGAAUCAGGUUCUCAGUCAACUCAAUUGGCGAUUUGGCCAUGGAAGGUGUCCAAACUCUUCACAUUGUCGAAUUUGGCAUCCGCUAUGGCUUCAAGUGGCCUGGACUUAUGUAUCGCCUAUCCAGACUCCCCAGUGGGCCUCCGAAGCUUCGCAUAACCGGGAUAGAGUAUCCACUGCCUGGUUUGAAGCUUGAGCAAACAGGGCAAUGCUUAGCAAGGUAUUGCGAGCGAUUCAACAUCCCUUUCGAGUUCAAUGCUAUUGUUGCAAAGAAAUGGGAGAGAAUCAAAGUUGAGGAUCUCAAGAUAAGGGAGAAUGAGUUUGUAGCUGUGAAUUGCAUGUUUAGAUUUGAGAAUCUGCAUGAUGAGACAGUUGUGUUGGAGAAUCCUAGAGAUUCUGUUUUGGAGUUAAUAAGGAAGGCUAAUCCGAACAUAUUUGUACAUGGCAUUAUAAAUGGUAACUAUGAUGCUGCAUUCUUCGUGACAAGGUUUAAGGAGGCAAUGUUUCAUUACUCAGCAAUGUUUGACAUGCUUGAUAACACUGUUGCCCGUGAUGAUCCUAUAAGGUUGAUGUAUGAGGAAGCUAUAUUUGGGAAGGAAGUGAUGAAUGUUGUGGCUUGUGAAGGGAAUGAGAGGAUUGAGAGACCACAAAAUUACAAGAAAUGGCAGGUAAGGAACACAAGAGCAGGGUUCAGGCAGCUUUCAUUGGAUGAACAAAUGAUUGAGAAGUUUAAGGAUAUGUUGAGAAAUGAAGGUUAUCAUAGAGAUUUCAUGCUUCAUGCUGAUGGCAAAUGGCUUCUACAAGGUUGGAAGGGCAGAAUCCUAUAUGCUUCUUCUUGUUGGGUACCAGCAUAGGCCUUCACAGCAAUGUUUUGUAGGCGCACAGAUAAAAAAUUAUUUGUGUUAGGCCUUA